CGGCGCUUCUGUGUUGUCAUUAGGCCGCAAGUAGAGGACACGGGCAAGAUGGCGGCAGUGGCUGGUUUGGUGCGGGGGCCUUUGCGGCAGGUUUCUGGGCUUUUGAAGAGGCGUUUUCACCGCUCGGCGCCCGCGGCACUGCAGUUGACAGUUCGUGAAGCUAUUAAUCAAGGUAUGGAUGAAGAACUAGAAAGAGAUGAAAAGGUAUUUCUGCUUGGGGAAGAAGUCGCCCAGUAUGAUGGUGCAUACAAGGUUAGCAGAGGCCUAUGGAAGAAAUACGGUGACAAGAGGAUCAUAGACACCCCCAUAUCAGAGAUGGGCUUUGCUGGAAUCGCUGUUGGUGCAGCUAUGGCUGGGUUGCGGCCCAUCUGUGAAUUUAUGACCUUCAACUUCUCUAUGCAAGCCAUUGACCAGGUUAUAAACUCAGCUGCUAAGACUUACUACAUGUCUGCCGGCCUCCAGCCUGUACCCAUAGUAUUCAGGGGGCCCAAUGGUGCCUCAGCAGGUGUAGCUGCUCAGCACUCACAAUGCUUUGCUGCAUGGUAUGGACACUGCCCAGGGUUAAAAGUGGUCAGCCCCUGGAAUUCUGAGGAUGCAAAAGGACUUAUUAAAUCGGCAAUUCGUGAUGAUAAUCCAGUGGUGGUGCUGGAGAAUGAACUAAUGUAUGGAGUUGCAUUUGAACUUCCUACAGAAGCUCAGUCAAAAGAUUUUUUGAUUCCUAUUGGAAAAGCCAAAAUUGAAAGGCAAGGGACCCACAUCACUGUAGUUGCCCAUUCAAGACCAGUGGGCCACUGCCUGGAAGCUGCAGCAGUAUUGUCUAAGGAAGGAAUUGAAUGUGAGGUGAUAAAUUUGCGUACUAUCAGACCAAUGGACAUUGAAGCCAUAGAAGCCAGUGUCAUGAAGACAAAUCACCUUGUAACUGUGGAAGGAGGCUGGCCACAAUUUGGAGUGGGAGCUGAGAUUUGUGCCAGAAUCAUGGAAGGUCCUGCAUUCAAUUUCCUUGAUGCUCCUGCUGUUCGUGUCACUGGUGCUGAUGUCCCUAUGCCUUAUGCAAAGAUCCUAGAAGACAACUCCAUACCUCAGGUCAAAGACAUCAUUUUUGCAAUAAAGAAGACACUGAAUGUCUAAUUUGGACUUGGAAUAUCAAGUCAUUGAGAUUUAUUUAAAAUACUUAUUGGGACUUCA